CUGGGGGAUGUUACACUUUCCUGGAUACACAAUCAUCAUUGUAGGGACAUUGAUACGCACCGGGCAUACAUUUAUUGGAUCUCAACGGCAAAGAUUGGAUUAUUUUACGGACUGUAAAACCUUGUUGAAGUUUUAGUUCACAUGUUUCAGCGCUUGUUUUAUCAGAGUGGCUGAAGACUCAAGGAACCAGUAAUGGACCAGAACCUGUUUGGAGGGGCCCCCAGAUUCCUCACGCGGCCCAAAGCGUUUGCAGUGUGCGUGGGCAAGGAUGCCACUCUAAGCUGCACCAUCGUGGGCAACCCCACCCUAUUGAUUACCUGGGAAAAGGAGAAGCUACGUCUGACCUCUGGGGGCCGCUUCAAGACGGUGGAUGAUGGUAAUGUCUACCGCCUCACCAUCUACGAUCUAACCCUGGAAGACAGCGGCCAGUACAUGUGCCGGGCCAAAAACAACGUCGGGGAGGCAUACGCAUGUGUAACCCUUCAUGUAGGCCUCCCACAGGAGAUGGUGGAGAGGGCCCCCGUCUUCAUGGUCAAGCCUACCUCUGUACGCGUUGGCCUGGGGGGCGAUGUGGUCUUCCACUGCCGGGUUGCUGCUUACCCAGAGUCUAAAUUUGACUGGGAUAAGGACGGGCGUUACCUAGCCGAGACAAACCGCAUCAAGGUGUCCUCGGACGGCGACAGCAGCUCCCUGAGGAUCCAGAGUGUGCGCAGCCUAGACAGCGGCACGUAUACCUGCCGCGCCCAGAACUCGGUGGGCCGCUCGAACUCUGCCGCCACCUUGGUCAUAGACACCCAGGACUCCCGUCACCUGGGCCAGGACAAGAGCACCUCCCUCCUCUCCCACAUGCAGAAGCGUAAAGAAGGGAUCUCCAUUUACCGCACAGCAGAGACCCACAGCUCCUCUCACAACUCCACCAUCACCUCUUCCACGGCCAACACUACGGUCACAGACGGGCUGAGCGGUCUGGAUCUGGCCCACGGCAGCGCAGCACUGGUCAGCCAGCUACCCAAAAGCGUCUUUACCCGCACCUGCACGGUGACUGAGGGCAAGCAUGCCAAGCUCAGCUGCUUCGUGACGGGUCACCCCAAGCCUCAUAUCAUCUGGAGGAAGGAUGGGGGGAACAUCGGCGAGGGACGAAGGCACAUCAUGUAUGAGGACCAGGCCGAGAAUUUCAUCCUCAAGAUCCUGUACUGUAAGCAGAGCGACAAUGGCCUGUACACCUGUAACGCCUCCAAUAUGGCUGGACAAACCUACAGCGCUGUGCUGGUGAUUGUUAAAGAGCCCAAGGUGCCAUUCAGGAGGAAGCUGCAGGAUGUGGAGGUCCAGGAGAAGAUGACGGCCAUGCUGCUGUGUGAGGUGCCCGUUUCGGCUAGCCAGGCCAGCUGGUUCAUGGAGGAGACACGUCUGGAGGACAGCUCCAAGUACUGCAUGGAGGAGGAGGGGACCAUGCGUCGCCUCACCAUCCGCAAUGUCACCACUAAUGAUGAUGCCGUCUACAUCUGCGAGAUGAAGGAGGGGAGCCGCACCGUAGCCGAGCUCACUGUGCUGGGGAACAUCACUAAGAAGCUUCCCAGGAGGACUGUAGUGUCAGGGAGUGAUACAGUGAUCUUCUGCGUUGAGCUGGAGCACCCCAGUUCUGACGCCUACUGGACACGCAACGGCGAGCGUCUGAAGCCGGACACACGGAUAUCCAUUGCCUGCACCCUCAGACAGUACACGCUAACCAUCAGCCACUGCCAGGCCGACGACUCAGGAGAGGUGGCCUUUGUGGCUGGAGACUGCAAGACCUCCACACGAUUCUCUGUCGCGGCUGCCAGAAAGCACCCUCCAGAUCCCCCUAUCGACGUGGUGGUGCGUAACAAGACCGACUCGUCCAUCACCCUCCACUGGUCCCCCCCAGAUAGUGACCGCCCCGUACCCAUCAAAGGGUACAUGGUAGAGAGGAGGAAGGUGGGUGCCCAGACCUGGCAGAGGUGCAAUGGCAUGGAGGUCAGCCCCUUUACUGAGAUCACGAUCCAGAAUAUCACAGAGGAGGCCAGCUACCAGUUCCGCAUCUCCGCAGUCAACGACUACGGCCAGAGCCAAUACAUGGAGGUGCCUGGGACCUUCUACCUCGAGCCCUCUGCAGAGGUGAAGACAGGCCUGAUGAACAGCACAGCCAUCUCAGGCGAGGAGGCCUCCCUCUCCGUGGAGCUGUCUGCCGUGUGCUCUGGCUCCUGGUCUAUCAACGGCCGCCUCCUGCGGAGUGGGGCUGACUACCUCAUCACACGCCAAAAGACCACACAUACGCUGACGAUCCGAACUGUCUUGAUGGAGAUGAAUGGAGCAGUGGUCAAAUUUGUGGGCGGUGGCUCCGAGAGCACUUGUAUACUCCACGUGAAGGCUCCAGCUAUCCGGUUCACCAGUAAGUCCGCUCACACUGAGGUGGUGACCUGCAGCGCCCAGUCCUCCGCCCAGCUGACCACAGAGGUGUCCGAUUAUGAUGCUCAGGUGGUCUGGAUGAAGAAUGGACGGGAGCUGAAGAUGGGCAAGAAGUAUGAGUGCAUAAGCACCGACCGCAAGAGGAUCCUGGUGGUGCACAAUGUCACCGAAGAGGACACGGGAAUCUAUGAGUGUGUCUUAAAUGAAGACCGAAUGUCCCUGCAGCUUUCUCUAAAAGAUGAAGCCAAGUUCCUGAACAAGCCCAGGGGUCCCAUGGGGGUGGCGCCUGCCCUCAGCGGGGACCUUGAGUUGAACUGUGAGGUGUCGUCUGCAAGCGGGGUGGUGGUGUGGAGGAAGGAUCAGACAUUGGUCACUGAGGACCAAAGAACCACCAUCGUCUCCAAAGGGACACAGAGGAGACUGGUCGUCAAGAAUGUCAAGAAGAGUGACGAGGGACACUACUCCUGCGAGACAGUCGAGGACAAAGUCACAUUCCAGGUCAAGAUAAAAGAAGCCCAACAGGCAGUCUUCACCAACAUGGACGCUGUACAGAAGGAGGUGAAAGUUACUCUCUCCCAGAAAGCCACUCUGAGCUGUGAAGUGUCCGACCCCAAGACAGAGGUGAAAUGGUACAAGGAUGGCAAGCUGCUGACUUCCAGUGAGACAGUCUCCACGGAGACAAAGGGCAGGAGUCGUCUGUUGAUAGUAGACAAAAUUGAGAAGAAGGAUGCUGGAGAUUACACCUGUGAGGCUAGAGCAGAGAAGCUGGUCUUUAAAAUACAUGUUUCAGAAACCCAACAGUCUGCUUUCUACAACAAGGAGUCUGUACAGAAGGAGGUGAAAGCUACUCUUUCCCAGAAAGCCACUCUGAGCUGUGAGGUGUCUGAUACCAAGACAGAGGUGAAAUGGUACAAGGAUGGCAAGCUGCUGACUUCCAGUAAGACUGUCUCCAUGGAGACAAAGGGCAAGACUCGUCAGCUGGUGAUAGAGAAGGUGGAGAAGAAGGAUGCUGGAGAGUACACCUGUGAGGUUGGAGCAGAGAAACAGGCCUUCAAGAUACAGGUGGCAGAGACUGCCUUCUCCAACAAGGAGUCUGUACAGAAGGAGGUGAAAGCUACUCUUUCCCAGAAAGCCACUCUGAGCUGUGAGGUGUCUGAUACCAAGACAGAGGUGAAAUGGUACAAGGAUGGCAAGCUGCUGACUUCCAGUAAGACCGUCUCCAUGGAGACAAAGGGAAAGACUCGUCAGCUGGUGAUAGAGAAGGCGGAGAAGAAGGAUGCUGGAGAGUACACCUGUGAGGUUGGAACGGAGAAACUGGUCUAUAAGAUUCAGGUGACAGAAGCCCAGGCUGUCUUCUCCAACAAGGAGUCUGUACAGAAGGAGGUGAAAGCUACUCUUUCCCAGAAAGCCACUCUGAGCUGUGAGGUGUCUGAUACCAAGACAGAGGUGAAAUGGUACAAGGAUGGCAAGCUGCUGACUUCCAGUAAGACUGUCUCCAUGGAGACAAAGGGCAAGACUCGUCAGCUGGUGAUAGAGAAGGUGGAGAAGAAGGAUGCUGGAGAGUACACCUGUGAGGUUGGAGCAGAGAAACUGGUCUAUAAGAUUCAGGUGGCAGAAGCACCACAGGCUGCAUUCACCAACAAGGACUCUGUACAGAAGGAGGUGAAAGCUAAUCUCUCACAGAAAGCCACUCUGAGCUGUGAGGUGUCCGACACCAAGACAGAGGUGAAAUGGUACAAGGAUGGCAAGCUGCUGACUUCCAGUAAGACCGUCUCCAUGGAGACAAAGGGCAAGACUCGUAAUCUAGUGAUAGAAAAGAUGGAGAAGAAGGAUGGUGGAGAGUACACCUGUGAGGUGGGAACAGAAAAGCUGGACUUCAAGAUACAGGUGACAGGAGAAACUCAGGCUGCCUUCUACAACAAGGAGUCUGUACAAAAAGAGGUGAAAGCUACUCUCUCCCAGAAAGCCACUCUGAGCUGUGAGGUGUCUGAUACCAAGACAGAGGUGAAAUGGUACAAGGAUGGCAAGCUGCUGACUUCCAGUAAGACCGUCUCCAUGGAGACAAAGGGCAAGACUCGUCAGCUGGUGAUAGAAAAUGUGGAGAAGAAGGAUGCUGGAGAGUACACCUGUGAGGUUGGAGCAGAGAAACUAGCCUUCAAGAUUCAGAUGGCAGAAACUCAAGCAGCUUUCUCCAACAAGGAGUCUGUACAGAAGGAGGUACAUGCUACUCUCUCCCAGAAAGCCACUCUGAGCUGUGAGGUGUCUGAUACCAAGACUGAGGUGAAAUGGUACAAGGACGGCAAACUUCUGACUACUAGCAAGACAGUUCAUAUGGAGACAAAGGGCAAGACUCGUCAAUUGGUGUUGGACAUUGUGGAGAAGAAGGAUGCUGGCGAGUACACUUGUGAGGUUGGAGCAGAGAAAGUUGCCUUUAAGAUACAGGCGGCAGAGGUCCAGGCUGCCUUCACCAACAAGGAGUUUGUACAGAAGGAGGUGAAAGCUACUCUUUCCCAGAAAGCCACUCUGAGCUGUGAGGUGUCUGAUACCAAGACAGAGGUGAAAUGGUACAAGGAUGGCAAGCUGCUGACUUCCAGUAAAACCGUCUCCAUGGAGACAAAGGGCAAGACUCGUCAGCUGGUGAUAGAGAAGGUGGAGAAGAAGGAUGGUGGAGAGUACACCUGUGAGGUUGGAGCAGAGCAACAGGCCUUCAAGAUACAGGUGGCAGAGACUGCCUUCUCCAACAAGGAGUCUGUACAGAAGGAGGUGAAAGCUACUCUCUCCCAGAAAGCCACUCUGAGCUGUGAGGUGUCUGAUACCAAGACAGAGGUGAAAUGGUACAAGGAUGGCAAGCUGCUGACUUCCAGUAAGACCGUCUCCAUGGAGACAAAGGGCAAGACUCGUCAGCUGGUGAUAGAGAAGGUGGAGAAGAAGGAUGCUGGAGAGUACACCUGUGAGGUUGGAGCGGAGAAGUUGGCCUUCAAGAUAGAGGUGGCAGAAUCCUCUGCCAAGUUUAAAAAAACUGCAGUGAAGGGUGCAUGCAGUGUUCAAGCAAGUGAGAAGAUUGUUUUGACCACUGAGUUGACUUCGGAGAGUGCCAGUGUUAAGUGGUUCAGGGACGGUGUGGAGUUGAAGGAGAGCUCUAAGUAUGACAUGAAGAGAGAGGGACAUUCUCGUACCCUGAUUGUGAAGUCCACUGAAGUCAAAGACAGUGGCACCUACUCAUGCCACACUGCUGACGACAAGCUUGAGUUCAAAGUUCAAGUCAAGGAUUCACCGCUGAAGUUUGUGGUGCAGUUGCAGCCUGUAGUCACAGAGCUGGGUGGUACACUGACCCUGACCUGUGAAAUGAACCGAGCCUUAGGGGACGUGCUCUGGCGCCACAACAGCUGUGAGGUCAAACCCGGCGGCAGGUUCUGUGUCAGCACUGAUGGUCCCAAGCGGGUCUUUACUGUGACAGGAAUGGCAAAAGAGGAUGAGGGAGAAUACAGCUGUGAAUGCAAAGAUGAUAAGACCUCUGCCAAGGUCUCCACCAAAGCACCCAGACUGGUGAAGCUGACUUCCAAGCUGAGCAACGUCGCUGCUGUGGAGGGGAAGGAGGCCAUCUUCAAGUGUAGUGUCACCCCAGCUGACGUCAAAGUGAAAUGGUUCUGCAACAACGUGCCCAUCACUGCUGGGCCUAAAUAUAAGAUUGAGCAUGGGGGCACCAGCCACUCCCUCACCGUCACCUCAGUGAGUCAGGAUGAUGCUCAAGAGAUCAGCAUUGAUGCAGAGGGCAAAACCUGCAGUGCUACCCUCCAAGUGCAACUGGAGCCGGUGAUGUUCAAGAAGAAGCUGGAGAAUGUGAUGGUGGUGGAGGAACAGAAGGAGGUGAAGCUGGAGGUAGAGCUGAGUAAACCCUCUAAAGAGGUCAGGUGGAUGAAGAACAGCGUGGUGCUACAGCCUGGAGGCAACAUGGAGAUCAGGGUGGACGGAGCCAAGCAGACCCUGGUCUUUAAGAGUGUGACUACGGCCGAUCGUGGCUACUACUCCUGUGAGACCCUGGACGACAAGACCCAGGCCAAACUCACAGUGGAUGUGAAAAAGAUUGAGGUGGUGAACGGCCUGCUGCCGGAGGUCAAGGCCCAUGAGAAGGAGACAGUGACCCUAGAGGUGGAGCUCAGCCUGGCUGACGUGGAGGGCUCCUGGACCAGGGACAGCGUCAAGCUCAAGGCAGGGUCCAACUGCCGCAUCACGGCCCUGGGAAAGAAGCACGCCCUCACACUAUCCCAAAUCAAGAUGGAGGAUGCAGGAACAAUUGCCUUCCAAGCAGAGGGGGUCAAAACUUCUGCCAAACUCAUUGUUACAGAACCUGUGGCUAUGAUCUCUAAACCCAUGGAGGAUGUCAAAGCCCCAGAGAAGGAGAAGGCAACACUUGAGUGUGAGGUGUCCAGAACUAAUGCUGAGGUCAAGUGGUUCAAGGGUGACAUGGAACUGAAACCAGGAAAGAACUUUCGCAUCCUCUCCCAGGGGCGCACACGCAGCCUGCUAAUCCACAAAUGUUCACAAGAGGAUGAGGGCAUAUACGUCUGCCAAACGUCUGAUGACAACACAUCAGCUAAACUCACUGUUCAUGCCCGAGACAUUCAAAUAGUGAAGAAGCUUGAGGACGUGGAGGUGAUGGAGAAGGAGAGCGCUUCGUUCUUCUGUGAGAUCUCUCACGAUGAAGUGGACUGCCAGUGGUUCAAAGGCAACACCAAACUCAAAGUCGGUGACAACAUCAAGAUGAGACAAGAGGGUAAAAUCUAUGUGCUGCUGUUUAAGUCGGUGACCCCAGAAGACGUGGCUGAGAUUAAAUUCACAGCUGAAAAGGCCUCUUCAACAGCCAAACUGACAGUGAAAGAGCUCCCUGUCCAGUUUGUGAAGAAGCUCAGGGAUAAGUUAGCCUUGUAUACACACCGUGGGUUCUUGGAAUGCCAAGUGUCCCGGGCCAGCGCCAAGGUCAAGUGGUACAAGAACAAGAAGGAGAUCAAGCCCAGCAAGAAGCAUGAGAUCAGCAGCGAGGGUAUAUACCGCAAACUCACCAUAAACGACGUGGGCUCGGAUGAUGAGGAUACUUACACUUGUGACGCCAUCGAUGACAAGACAUCCUGUAAACUUCUUGUGGAAGAGCAGGCCAUCAGCAUCGUACGGGAGCUAAGUGCCGUGGAAGUGACUGAGCCCUUUGCCGCCUUCUUCGAGGUGGAGAUCAACAUCGACUCAGUCAAGCCCCCCAAGUGGACCCUGAAUGGUGUGGCCGUGCAGGAGAGCGUUGACGUGGAGAUGGAUAAGGAGGGCUCCAUGCACCGCCUCACCUUUAAGAAGACCAAGGCGUCCAUGACAGGACCUGUCCAGUUCAUGGCUGGCAAGAGCAAGUCUGUGGCCCAGCUUACUGUCAAAGAGCGCCCUCUUGAGGUGGUAGAGCCCAUUAAAGAUAUGACAGUCAAGGAGAAGGGCUCAGCCACUCUGAGCUGCAAGUUCUCCGCCGCACCCAAAGAGGUGAGCUGGUUCAAAGGGCAAACCCUCCUGGAUGCUUCCGACAAGUACAACCUGAAACAGGACGCUGUGAGGGCUCAGCUGACCAUACAGAAGCUGACUGGGGAAGACACUGGGGAGUACCGCUGUCUGUCGUGUGCUGCCGAGACCAAAGCCACUCUCACUGUAGAGGUUCGGAAAGUGGAGAUCACCAAACACUUGGUGGACACAGAGGUGGAUGAGGACAGUGACGCAGUGUUCACCUGUGAGAUCAACUACACUGAUGAGGAGGUGCAAUGGCUACUCAAGGAAAAAGCACUCUUCUCCAACGAGGUCAACACCAUCACACACAUGGGCAAAGUGCACACGCUCACACUCAAGAAUCUGGCACCUGAGGAUGGGGGCACCAUCAUCUUCAAGGUUAGGGAAAUCAAGGAAGGUGUGACCCUAAAAGUCAAAGAGAAGCGUGCAGUGUUCCUCAAGUCUCUGGAUGAUGUGGUGGGAGAGGUGAAAGGUAUGAUCACCCUGGCUUGUGAGGUCUCCAAGCCCAGGGUCUCCCCCGCCUGGAGGAAAGAUGGUACUAUCCUUACCACUGGCUCUAAGUAUGAGGUCCUGCAUACAGGCAAGUCCCUGGGUCUGAUCAUCAAGGAUGUUACCAAGGAAGACGCAGGGGAGUACAGCUGCGACCUGGGAACUGAGCUUUCCAAGUCAAAGGUCACUGUGAGAGACCUGAGCGUAGGUAUCACCAAGCAGUUGAAGUCCGUGGAGGCGAUGGAGGGAGAGACAUGUAGCUUUCAGUGUAUUCUGUCACGGGAAAGCACUGACGAGUGUUCCUGGACCUUCAAUGGCCAGACCGUGGCUAACGAAGGACGCUUCCAGGUCUCCAGUACAGGUCGCAAGUACAUGCUGGUUAUCAAGGAUGUGACACCAGCCGAUGCUGGUGAGGUGGUCUUCAACAUCAAGAACCUGAACUCCAAGACUACCUUAGCUGUUGAAGGCAAAGCUCAAUCUGUAUCACGGGAGCUGCAGAGCAUUAGUGUAGUCUCAGGGGAGGAUGCUGUGUUCACCUGUGAGGUCACACAGACCAGGGCCACUGUCCAGUGGGCCAAAGAUGGGAAGGACAUCAGGAAGAGUGAGAAGUAUGAGAUCAGUAAAGAGGAGAGGGUCAUGAAGUUGACCGUCCACAGUGUCACUGUUCAGGACUCUGGGGAAUAUAGUUGUGAGGUUAUCGGAGGGGCCACUACCAAGGCCAAGCUGGAGAUCAAAGAGCCAGUCCACAAGUUUACCAAGGAGCUUAAGGACAGCGAGGUGGAGGAGGAGGGCUCAGUGACCCUGCAGUGUGAGACAGCCCAGCCUGCCUCCAAGGCCACCUGGUCCAAGGGAGGCGUGGAGCUGAAGGCCGGGGGACGCUAUGAGAUGAGUCAGAAGGAGACCGUCCUCCACCUCACUAUCAAACAGCUGGAGGAGAAAGACGGCGGCACUUACACCUGUGACGUGGGCACUGCGACGAUGACGGCGAAGGUGACAGUCAAAGCCUUGCCUGCCAGCUUUAAACAAAAGCUGAAGAACCAGCAGGCCAAGGAAGGGGAGAGUGUCACUCUAUGCUCUGUGUUAUCCAAACCUGGGGCCAAGGUUCAGUGGAAGAAAGGCACUGAGCAUCUCAAAGCUGGAGACAAAUAUGAGCUGAAACAAAAAGAUGCCUACUGCGAGCUUCAGAUAAAGCAUCUGAAUGUUGAAGACAGUGGAGAUUACUCCUGUGAGUGUGGAGACCAGAAGACCACAGCGACUAUAAACGUCAAUGCGUUACCUGUGACCUUCAAAAACAAGCUGGAGAGCCAGGAGGCUGAGGAGGGGGGCAGUGUUACCCUGCACUGUGAGCUCUCUAAACCUGGAGUCCCUGUGGAAUGGAGGAAGGGAACACAGGUGCUGAAGUCUGGAGAAAAGUACCAGAUGAAGCAGAAAGAAUCUGUGAGUGAACUCCUGAUCAGCAAAGUAGUACCAGAGGACAGUGGAGACUACAGCUGUGUGUGUGGAGACCAGAAGACUACAGCCGGUCUCAAGAUAAAGGCCCAACCUGUUACAUUCAAACACAAACUGGAGAGCCAGGAGGCUGAGGAGGGGGGCAAUGUUACCCUGCACUGUGAGCUCUCUAAACCUGGAGUCCCUGUGGAAUGGAGGAAGGGAACACAGGUGCUGAAGUCUGGAGAAAAGUACCAGAUGAAGCAGAAAGAAUCUGUGAGUGAACUCCUGAUCAGCAAAGUAGUACCAGAGGACAGUGGAGACUACAGCUGUGUGUGUGGAGACCAGAAGACUACAGCCGGUCUCAAGAUUAAGGCCCAACUUGUGACCUUCAAACACAAACUGGAGAGCCAGGAGGCUGAGGAGGGGGGCAGUGUUACCCUGCACUGUGAGCUCUCUAAACCUGGAGUCCCUGUGGAAUGGAGGAAGGGAACACAGGUGCUGAAGUCUGGAGAAAAGUACCAGAUGAAGCAGAAAGAAUCUGUGAGUGAACUCCUGAUCAGCAAAGUACUACCAGAGGACAGUGGAGACUACAGCUGUGUGUGUGGAGACCAGAAGACUACAGCCAGUCUCAAGAUAAAGGCUCUUCCAGUCAUAUUCAAACAAGAUCUGCAGAGUCAGGAGGUUGAAGAGGGGGGCAGUGUUACCCUGCACUGUGAGCUCUCUAAACCUGGGGUCCCUGUGGAAUGGGGGAAGGGAACACAGGUCCUGCAGUCUGGAGCAAAGUACCAGAUGAAGCAGAAAGAUUGCAGUGUGGAACUCCAAGUCUGUGAUUUGAAACCUGAAGACACAGGAAGCUACCACUGCAGGACUGGAGACACAGAGAGCUCAGCAUACCUGAAAGUCAAUGCUCUCCCAGUCAUUUUCACUAAAGAGCUGCAGAACCAACAGGCUGAAGAGGGGGGCAGUGUUACCCUGCACUGUGAGCUUUCUAAACCUGGGCUCCCUGUGGAAUGGAGGAAGGGGGAGGUGGGUCUUUGCCCCUGUGCCAAGUAUGAAAUCAUCCAGGAAGGGCACAGCGCUAGGCUAGUCAUCCAAAACUUAGACCCAGAAGACUCAGGCAGCUACACCUGUGACAGUGGUGACCGGAAAACCACAGCACACCUUGCUGUGAAGGCCCUGCCCGUUUACUUCAAAACUCGACUACAGAAUCUAGAGUGGAACGCAGGUGAGAUCGCCAUCCUCCGCUGUGAGAUCACCAAGCCUGGGGCCAGCGUUGUCUGGAGCCGGGGCGACAGGGUCCUGGAAUCUAACAACAAGUAUCAGCUGAAACAGGAAGGGGACAUUGUGAAGCUUAUCAUCUAUAGCCUACAAGGGGCUGACUCUGGGGAGUAUAUCUGUGACACAGGUUACCAGAAGACCUCCUCCAUGCUCACUGUACAGGACGUGGAGGUGACCAUAGUGAAGGUCUUGAACAGCUGUUCGGUGCACGAGGGGGAGGAUGUCCACUUUGAGUGCCAUCUGUCCCACGUUGAUGCCAAGGAGGUCCAGUGGAAGCUUGCGGACGUCCCUCUGCAGAACAAUGAAAUGAACCUGAUCCGUGCCCAGGGCAAGGUGCACAGCCUCACCCUCAGGGGGGUCACCCAGGCCGACUCAGGCACAGUCACCUUCACCGUGGGUCACCAUACCUCCACCGCAAGCCUGACCGUCCGAGGGGCCCCUGUGGUGUUCAAGAAGGAGCUGGAGAGCCAGGAAGCAGUGGAAGGAGGCAGUGUUUCCCUGACCUGUGAGAUCAGUGCUGAUGGCAAGGUGACCUGGAGAAGGGGCUCUGUGCUCCUCACCCAGGGGGAGAAGUAUUCCAUGGAGCACACAGGUUCUACCUACAUCCUGAUUGUUCACAAGUUAAAGGUUGAAGAUGCUGGAGAGUACACCUGCGAUACCGGGGAUAAGCAGAGCACAGCCACCCUGAUAGUCAAAGAGUCUGUACGCAUCACUCGGGAGCUGCACGACAUCACAGUGACCACCGGGCAGAAUGCUGUCUUUGCGUGUGAGUUGUCCCAGGAGGGCGUGACCAACGGAGAGUGGUGGCUGGGCGAUAACCUCCUCCAGAACAACGACCUGAACCAGAUGACCUGCCAGGGCCGGGUACACCGGCUGACACUGCAGAUGGUCACCCCCGAUGAAUCAGGGGACGUGGCGUUUGUGGUGGGCGAGGAGAAGACCGUUGCUUGCCUACUGGUGGAAGAGAAGCCCAAAGCCUUAAUCCUUGAGAAGCCUCACGAUACAGUGGCCUUGGAGGGUGAGACAGUCACCCUGUCCUGCACUGUCUCCGACCCCACGGCAACCGUCACCUGGAGCAGGAAUGAUGUGGCUAUCAAAGCAGGACUCAAGUACGACCUGCGGAAGAAUGGAGCUCUCCUGCAGCUGCGCAUCCACAACCUGGAGAUGGAGGACUCUGGAACCUACUGCUGCGAUACCGGGGAUGCACAGUGCACCGUCACCUUGAUUGUGGAAGGUGCCCCGGCAUUCUUUCAGAAAGAGCUGAAGAACCAGGAAGCCCAGGAGGGUGAUGAUAUCACUCUGCACUGUGAGCUCUCCAAGGCGGGCACUCACGUGGAGUGGAGGAAGGGAGGCAUGGUCCUCCAGGCUGGUAAGAAGUACGAGAUGAGGCAGGAGGGCUGCGUUCAGGAGCUCCACAUUCGCAACCUGGAGCCAGAGGACAACGGCUACUACACCUGUGAUGCUGGAGACCAGCUCACCACGGCGUCAGUGGCAGUGCAAGAACCCACAGUAGAGGUGGUGAGCGAGAUGCAGGACCUUUGUGUGGCUGAGGACCAGCCGGCUGAGUUCAUCUGCCAGUACUCCCGGCCGGUCCAGGCCCAGUGGAAAAGAAACGGGCGGCCAUUGCAGCCUGACGGCAGGAGGGUGGUAGUGGAGCAGGACUGGACCGUGGCUCGCUUGUACAUUAGCCACGUGUCCACUGAGGACAUGGGGACGUACUCCUGUGAGGCAGAGGGGACCUGCGUGGUCGCCUCACUGGAGGUGGAAGCCAAACCCAUAGAAAUCCUCCAGGGCCUGGAGAACAUGGACACCAUCGACGGCGGCGAGGCCCUGUUCGAGUGCUCGAUCUCUCGUUGUGAGAUCAAAGACAGCUGCUGGCUCAUUGACGGCAAGCCGGUGAAGGAUUCGCCAACCACUGAGAUUGUGUCCUUCGAGAGUGGCCGCCGCCACCUGCUGCUGCUAAAGGAUCUGCACGUCGGGGACAACUGCAAAGUGACCUUCCAGGCUGGCACCGCAUCGACCUCCGCCCUGCUCAACGUCAAAGGCUGGCAGCUGGAUGUGGUGAGCGGUCUGGAGGAUAAGGUAGCUGUGGUGGGAGAGAAGGUAGAGUUCAGCUGCAUACUGACUGAGCCUGUGCCUAAAGCGGAGGUAGCCUGGUACUCUAACGGAGCCGAGCUAAAGAAUGAUAACACCUGGGCCAUGCAGGCUGACGGUUGCUCCUACCACCUGGUGCUGAGACAGGCCCCAGCCAUGCCACCACAGGAGAUCACCUUUGCUGCCAGGGAUGCCAUUUCCAUGGCCAAGCUCACUGUCAUCACCGUUCCAGACCCCCCGGAGGACCCAGAGCUGGUCAGUAAGCAUAAACAGGGGGUGACCCUGUCCUGGUUCACACCUCUCAGCGAUGGAGGCAGCCCCAUUUUGGGUUACAGGGUGGAGAUGAGGCUGGCGGACAGCGCCCUCUGGCUUCCGUGCCAUGCAGAGCCUGUGUGUAACACAGAGUUCUCUGUGGAUAACCUCAUCCCAGGGAGCGGCUACAGGUUCAGGGUGGCAGCUAUCAACCGAGCUGGGACUGGAGAACCUGUCCAGCUGCCUCAGACCGUUCAGCUGGAGGCUCCAAUCACAGUUACCCAGCAGUUGGCCAGUCCAGACUUGCAGGAGGGUAAGAUGGCCCGUGUGGAGUGCCAGCUCUCUGCUGCGGGCAGCUCGGUCACCUGGCUCAGAGACAACAAGGAGCUGGAGUUUGGGGUCAAAUACCAGGUCACCAUCGAGGGCAAGACACAAGUGCUGCUGAUCAAAGACUUUGAGUCUGCUGACCAGGGCGUGUACACCUGUGUGGCCUCAGACGAGGCAGAAAGCUCCAUUAAUCUCAACCUACCAACAGGUGGAGAUGGGGUUAACUUGGAGGGGGCCCAGCCCAGCCUGCCUCCUGAGGCUGCCUCCGAGGGUGAUGUCCACGCGCUGUGGGAGGCCCUGGCCAAGAAACGCCGCAUGAGCCGAGAGCCCACCCUCGACUCCAUCUCUGAGCUGCCUGAUGAGGAGGACAAGGAGCCGAAAACACCCAAGGAGCCAGUCAAGGAGAAGAAAGCCCCAGAGAAGGUGAACGAAAAGGAGAAGGUUGUGGAGCCUGUCAUCAUCGCAAAGAAGAAGGAGUUGGAUACCAAUCUACACACCAGCUCUGAGGAUGAGUCCAGGGUUCCAACGCUGGUGUCCUACCUGAAGAAGAGCAGCAAGUCCUCCUUCUCUGCAUCCGACCAGACAGAGUCCAUCUCAACUGAGAAGUUCUAUGCACAGACCUCAGUGCAACAGACCACAGUCCUACAGACCUCAUCUUCGGGACAGAAGAUCACAGCACAGACCACAGAGAUCACUGAGUGCGGAAGUGAGGAGGUUGAAGAAAAGGGGCUGCUGGAUGCUGCUGUCAAGAUCCAGGCUGCGUUCAAGGGCUACAAGUCCUGCAAGGACAUGUGUCCAGUCUUCAAGGAUGUCUUCAAGGACCAGACCAAGGAGCCCAAUGGCACCAUCCACCUGGAGUGCGUGGUUGAGGGCAAGCCCGACAAGGUGCGCUGGCUGAAGGACGGCGAGCCCCUUGUGGACAGCAAACACCAUCACAUCGACAUCUACAACGAUGGCACCUGCUCUCUGGUAAUCACCGCCGUUACCACCAAGGACACGGGCAUCUACACAUGUGAGGUCACCAACAAGUUUGGCGUGACCAUCCACAGCGGCAAGGUGACAGUAGGCUCGGCACGGGAGGCAUCUGGAAGGAGGCCCCUGACCAUGGGCUACAGCGCUGACAGCGAGGCGGAGAGCUCGUCUGCAGAAAGCGAGAUGGAUGAGUCUCUGAGGCAGGCCAGCAAACGGCUUCGCCGCCUCCUCCGCACACGCCUUCCGGCCACGUCGGAGGAGGAGUCGUUCGUCAGCUGUGAUGAUGAGGCUGAGCUGCAGGCCCCCGAGCCCAAAUCGUACCGUGAGGACGAGCGCUACCUCUACAUCCGCUUUGACACGCGGUCUGAGGCACAGGUGGCGUCGCUGCACUUUCAGGAGAUGUUCACUGCCCAGGGGAUGCGUGUGGAGACCACCAUCCAGGAGGCAGGACCUCUCAAAGUGGAGCUGCGCAUCAUGAAGAUGGGAUACACCCAAGAUGGCUCUGCAACACCCACACAGGAGAAGCAGCUGCCCGCGUUCAUGACAGGAGCCCCUGCGGCCCCAGUCUUCCUGACCGAACUCCAGAGCCAGGACGUGCUUGACGGUUACCCGGUCAGCUUUGACUGCGUGGUGAUCGGAAAGCCUACACCCAGCGUGCGUUGGUUCAAGGACGGGAAGCUCCUGGAGGAGAAUGACCACUACAUGAUCAACGAGGACCACGAGGGCUGCCACCAGCUCAUCAUCACCACUGUGCUGCCUUCUGACAUGGGCGUCUACCGCUGCAUGGCCGAGAACACCAGUGGCAUUGCUGCCACUAAGGCUGAGCUCAGGGUUGACAUGUCUUGCAGUUCAGACUACGAUACUGCAGCUGAUGCCACUGAGACAGGCUCCUACAUCAGCGCCAAGGGCUACAUGUCAAGGGAAACGGAAGCGUUUGAGUCUGUGGCAGAGGAUGAGCAGAUGCCACAAGUACUGGAUGAGCUCCAUGAUGUGCACGUCAGCCCAGGCUCACCCAUUGCUAAGAUGCAGCUGAAAGUCAAAGGUUUCCCCGCGCCCAGAGUGUACUGGUUCAAGGACGGUAUCACGCUGCGUUCAUCAGACAGGAUCCUGCUGCUGGACAAGAGAAACGUCCACAGUCUGGAGGUCCUGGAGGUGAAGAGGGAGGAUACAGGAGAGUACUCUGCCUACAUCAGCAACGCUGCUGGAUCAGCAUACUCCUCUGCUAGGAUACUGGUUCUGGGUCCAGGAGAGCUCCCACCUGUAGAAAAGCACGAUCCCAAGGUGCCUCUGGUGCCGCCACGGUUCCUGGAGAAGUUUAGCAACAGGAAGGUGAAACAGGGAGCCAGUGUCACCCUGUCAGUCAGAGUGGAAGGUUCUCCCACCCCCAUGGUGACGUGGCUGAAAGAGGAGUCUGCUGAGGACGUGUUGUGGAUCAAGCCAGACACUAAGGGCUAUAAGGUGGCCAGGUCUGGGCGCCAACACAGCCUCAUCCUCAUGGAUGCGGGUUCUGAGCACGCCGGCACCUACACCUGCAUAGCCACCAACAGGGCCGGCCAGUCCAUCUGCACUGCCCACUUUGAGGUAGAGGAUGCGCCACGACCAAAGGAAGAGACCAAAAUCCCUCUGGGUAUUACUGUCAGCCCUCCAGAGGAGGAUGCUGGCAGAAAAAUGCCUUAUCUAGGUGAAGUUGGAACAGAAGAGUUUCUUAUGAAGCUCACCUCUCAGAUCACAGAGAUGGUAUCUGCCAAGAUCAGCCAAGACAGCGCACAGAACCAUCAAGUGCUCCAGUGGAUGAAAUCAUGGCCCAAAGCCUCCACCUCACUACGUGUCCCGGGAGGCGAUAGCGACGAUGAGACCAAAACACCCUCCGCCUCGCCCCAUCACGGCCGCUCUCGCCCCAGCUCCAUUCUCGCAGACUCCUCCUCUGAGUCUGACGACCCUGAUGCCAGGGGAGAGAUGUUUGACAUCUAUGUGGCUACGGCUGACUACAACCCCACCAUCCCCAACAAAGAGACCAUUUCCCUGAAGGAGGGCCAGUAUGUUGAGGUUCUGGAUUCGGCACAUCCACUCAAAUGGCUGGUCCGGACCAAACCAACCAAAACCACCCCAUCCCGCCAGGGCUGGGUCUCGCCUGCCUACCUGGACAAGAAACUCAAGCUGUCUGCUGAUGCUGGUGAUGUCCCAGAGACAGGUGGAGAAGAGGUCUCAGAAGGAGAGUACAAAAGAAGACUACUCCAACUGAUCCAGGACAUGAUCAACAGCGAGGCAGAGUUUGUCAAAGAGAUGGACUUCUUCACCUCCCACCACGUCAAGCAUGUGGAGAGCCCCGACACCCCAUCUGACAUCACCAGCCAGAAGGAGGCCAUAUUCAGGAACAUCAACGAGAUCAAGGCCUUCCAUAGCGAGUUCAUGUUCCCUAAGUUGCGCGAGUGCGACACAGAUGACGACGUGGCCAUGCGGUUCCUGAGGAGCGGGGAGGGCUUUGAGAAAUACCUCCAGUACCUUGUAGGCCAGCAAAAGGCAGAGGCCGCUAUCAGUGACAAGACCGUACACCACUUCUUCAAGAAGUACACAGACAAACAGCAGGCCAGUGCCGACCCUGCUGAAGGGCCUGUAUUGAGCAUUAAUGCCUACCUACAGAAACCUCUGGACAGAAUCCAGAAGUACAAGGCCUCACUCAAGGAGCUGAUCAGGAACAAGGCCAGGAACGGUCAGAACUGCUGCCUGCUGGAAGAGGCCUAUGCCAUGGUUUCAUCACUGCCUCAGCGUUCAGAGAACACACACCACGUCUCCAUGAUAGAGAACUACCCUGCCACUCUGGAUGUAUUGGGGGAGCCCAUCAGACAGGGACCCUUCAUGAUGUGGGAGGGUGCACCUGGGGUCAGGUCCUCCUCCAGAGGUCACCGUCGACACGCGUUCCUCUUCAAAAACUAUGUCAUCAUCUGCAAAUCCAAGAGAGACUCCAACACAGACACCCAGGGUUACGUCUUUAAGAACAUGAUGAAGCUGAACAACAUAGACGUGAAUGAGACAGUGGAGGGUGACGACCGGGCCUUUGAGAUCUGGCACGAGCGCGAGGACUCUGUCAGGAAGUACACGCUUCAGGCUCGCACCGUCAUCAUCAAGAACUCCUGGCUGCGAGACCUCAGGGAGCUGCAGCAGCGCUACACCAUGCCCGGCUGGAGUAUGCCUGACUUUGAUGAGCUUCUGGCUGACUGCACAGCGGAGCUGGGACAGACAGUGAAACUGGCCUGCAAGGUUACUGGAAUACCCAAACCUGUGGUCACCUGGUACAAGGAUGGGCAUGCGGUGGAGGCCGACCCUCACCACAUCAUCAUCGAGGACCCUGACGGUUCCUGCACCCUGAUCCUGGACAACAUGACAGCUGAUGACUCUGGACAGUACAUGUGCUUCGCCACUAGCACCGCAGGCAACGCCAGCACCCUGGGGAAGAUCACUGUCCAAGUGCCUCCUCGUUUCGUGAACAAGAUGAGGAAUGCUGUCUUUACCGUUGGUGAGGAUGCUCAGUUCUCCUGCACCAUCCAGAGCGCCCCCAGCCCCAAGAUCAGGUGGUUCAAAGAGGGUAGGCUGCUGACUGACCAGGAGAAGUAUCAGACCUACAGUGAGUCCCGUAGUGGAGUACUGGUCCUGGUCAUUAAAGGCCCUACAGAGAGAGACCUGGGACAUUACGAAUGUGAGUUGUCUAAUCGACUGGGCAGUGCUAGGUGUGCAGCUGAUCUGUGCCUUCCUUCUGCUGUGACUAGGAGAGGAGAGCAGGCGAUCACCAUCGAAGUCACCGAGCAGGAGACUAAAAUACCAAAGAAAACCAUCAUCAUAGAGGAGACCAUAACCACGGUGGUGAAGAACACCCGUAUGAAGCGUCGUGGCCUGUCUCAAUCUGGGUUCAACCGCUCCCAAACCUCCACCCCAGAUCUCCCCACCACCCCCACCGGCACGGCCAGGCAGAGGAGGCAGGCUUCCGCCAACAGGAAGACCACCAUCCCCACCCUGUACGUCACGGAGCCCGAGGGGGGCGCAGGGGCCCGGGCUGCGGAGAACAAGUGGGUGGAGGUAGAGGAAAUAAUUGAGUACAAGGUCAACAAGUCACCCAGGCCCUCCAGGAGAGGUGUCUCCCCAGCCGGGUCGGAGCGGGCGCACACCCCCUCCUCCACCCGGCCACAGAGGUCCGCAAACCCUAACACCAACAACAACAACAACCUGGUAGAACUGCAGAACCACUCCGAGCUGCAGGGGGCACAGCCUCUGUACUGGGACGAUGAGGAGGAGGAGGAUGUUGACGUGGCUGUGGAUGGGUCCGAGGUCGCACAUGGAAUCAGUGGAAAGGCCUACGAGGUCUCCUCGCUUCUAAUUCCUAACGACCAUGAACACGAAGAGGAUGAGGCCUGGCUAGAGGAGCAGCAAGAGGCUUUCAUCACAGAACCGGAUGACGACGACAACACACCCAGGAAGCUGGAGCCUAAGAUCCUGACCCAGUGCGGUCGCGUCCUCACCCUGGAGGACCUGGAGGACUACGUCCCCAGGGAGGGGGAGACCUACGGCUCCUCCAACACCCGUUCAUCACCUCCCGAGAGGCCCUGCGAGAUCUCAGUUCUCCAGAGGGAGAUUGGCGGCUCUGCUGUGGGCCAGCCGGUGCUGCUCAAUGUAGGGAGGCCUGUAGUGAUGCCUAGGGAGAGCCCCAGGCCGGGCUUCUUCAGCCGCUUUAGAGAUCACCUCUCAGGAAGCAUGUUCUCCCCGGCCGGCCCCCACCACAACUACCACCCCAGCGGAGGUCAGUCCAGGAGGGAGAUUCCCAUCCAGGUCAGCCACGCCAAGCUAGAGAUCAAGCCGUUGUACUGCUCUGAGGUGCAGAGAGUGGAGGGAGUGCAGCAGAGCUACAAAACCAAAGUCUACACGUCAGUGGGCAAGCCAGUCACUCUUCAGAUUAGCAAGAAUAACCCGUAUCAAAACCAAUAAUUUAGUGUGUGAAAAUAAGUAGCUGGAUUAGAACCAAGCAGAUUGUUGUUAUUCUGUGAUACGUACAAUAGCCCUUUUAGUCUUAAAUGGGAACAUUUCUAGUUAAGUGUUAAAAAGCAUAUUCUAACAUUGCAUUUUACUGCAAAUGGCGAAUCAUUCCAUUUUCAAGCAACCCGGCUAAAAGUAAAAUGCAGACACAGGAAAUUAGUCGUUUGGUCAGCCAGAAAGUGGAUUUUAAAGGACAAACAUCAAAAGGGGUUGGAUAUGUUAAGGCUAAAUGAUUUCCGAACGCCAUUGUAUACUAUCCAGCCUUCAAUUUAUUGCAGCCUUUCUUGCCACAAAUUUGAUAAAAAAUACAAUAAUUAUGAGUGUUGUAACAUGGAUUGACACUAUUUUCAAGUUCAAAACUCCAUUUCCUUUACCCUCAAGCGACAGAUGUUUAUAAUUUUAACUCGUUGAUGUUAAACUUCUGUCCUGUAGGAGAACAUCAGUGUACAGCACUAUACACUAAGUGUACAAAACAUUAGGAAUACCUUCCUAAUGUUGAGUUGCACCCCCUUUUGCCAUCAGAACAGCUUCUAUUUGUCGGGGCAUGGACUCUACAAGGUGUCGACAGAGUUCCUCAGGGAUGCUGCCCCAUGUUGGCCAAAAUGCUUCCCACAGUUGUCAAGUUGGUUGGAUGUCCUUUGGGUGGUGGACCAUUGUUGAUACACACCUGAAACUGUUGAGCGUGAAAUCCAGCAGCGUUGCCAUUCUUGAGACUCAAACGUGUGCCUGGCACCUACUACCAUACCCCGUACAAAGGUACUUAAAUCUUCUGUCUUGCCCAUUCACCCUCUGAAUGGCACACAUACACAAUCCAUGUCUCAGUUGUCUCGAGGCUUAGAAAUCCUUCUUUAACCCGUCUCCUCCCCUUCAUCUACACUGAUUGACAUCAAUAAGGGAUCAGUCUAUGCCAUGGUGUUCCUAAUAUUUUGUACACUCAGUGUAUGUCUCUCUGUUGUUUCCAGCUGAAGUUUAAUGAACAAAGAAUAUCCACCUUGACUUGUAGCAUAUCAGUUUGUACAUAGGCUAACUCCUGUGAAAGGAGAAACUGUUUGUGUUCUCGAACAGUAACUGACCAAACCAAUGACUUCAGCAACAAAGAUGGUAUUGUACAGUAAAGAGCAGUCAGAUUUGAAAUGUUACAGAGAAGUUGUAAUUCUGGAAUCCAACCCAAAAAGAAUAACUUUGACAAGAUGAUAGGAGUAUAAGAGAUUUGAUUAGUGAAGUUGCUGAAUUGUGUGACACGUUGACAAUGUUCUCUUAAUAGCAGACACAUGGAUCAUUGAAUUGUACUUCAGAUUGGGUACUCUGUCCUCCUAUGCAGAAGAAAGUCUCAAAUGUUUUAAACAUUUCUAAAUGGUCAAUUAUAUGUUGUGCAGAGUUGAUACAUUUACAUGAACUGUAUAUCACUUGUGGUGUGGAAUGAUCUAGGUCUAUGAUUGUGUUAUACAGGUCUCAUAUAAAAGGGUAUCAAUUUACUUCAGGUUAUAUACAUCCAAAACAUGAAGCCAUAUAGGAUAAUUAAUCUUGUCCUGGGUCAUUUGUUUUAUAGAAAGCCAACUCUUCAUUGUCAGUUUAUUGAGAGCAAUGAACAGUGGAUUGACUUUAGACAAUUUUAAAAGUAUUUGUGAUUACUUUGGAGUAAAAUGUAAUUAAAAUAUGUUUAGAAAAGUGACAGCAUGAUAUGUAUUAGCUGUUUGAAAGCUGAUUUGAGUGUUCAUCAGAUUAACACUGUCAUUUCAAUCCUUUAUUCGGUUCAGGUGAGAGCAGUUGCAUAGUUAGGUGUGAGUCAUUGAUCACACUGGAUUUAAGAACUUUGUUGCAAUAUCAUGUUUUAAAUAGUGAAUUACUGUUUCCCAAAGUAAGUGUGUUUUAUUUUUGUUUUAUGUUAUUUUAAACGUAUUGUAGAAGCAUUGAAAUACUUGUUUGCUGUAAGAAAUUCAACAUAAAGCACAAAGGGUUUGACUGCACACGUUUAGUUAAUAAAAAUAAAUGUUUAAUAUACCUAAAUAAAUGAAUUGCAACUGA